AUGAGAGCUUUGAGCUCGCAAUGCGUGCUCGUUGAUUUGCAGAGCUCAUGGCAAUCGGCGAACCAGAUCCCAAUCUCGACCCUCUGCUACCUUCAGAACUCCAAAUUCACCUCUGCAGUCUCUUCGGCAUUUCGUCGAACUCGCGGUGGGCGUAAGCCGGUUGCUUCGUCCAAAUCCUCCACCCCAUGGAUUCCGGCCCCGGAGAUUCGGAGGCCGUCCUAUCGGUUCUAUUCCGGAAAUGGGUUGGUUUCAAAUUCUCCGAAUUUGAAUCCGGGCUCCACGUCGCAGCCGGAGGUGGCUUCGGAGCUGGGAAUGUUACUUGAAUUGUUGCCUUUGAGGAUGAGGAGUGAGCUGUACAGGCACGAGGAGAUUGGCGAGCUCGUUGAGGUUGUGAUGGAUUUGGGGAGGAGUCCGAUUGCGAGGUUUCCUUCCGGUGAUUGGGUGAUGUCCGAAAAGCCGGUGAAUCAUGAAGAUCUACGGCACGCUGUAUCGAAGGUUAGUGAGUUUUCAGAUGACAACCGUUCAGGUAUUAACAAUUCACUACACCGGAUAAGUGCUAUUCGAAACCGGAAAAUGCAAAUCAUUGGCCUCACGUGCCGAGUGGGACGAGCUGUGUCAGGAAGCGCUGAGAUCAUACGUGACUUGGUUGAGGGCGGCGGUUCCAUCUUGGUCAUUGGACCUCCUGGAGUUGGGAAGACAACCUUAAUCAGAGAAAUUGCUAGAAUGCUGGCAGAUGAUCAUUUGAAGCGUGUUGUGAUUGUGGAUACAUCUAAUGAGAUUGGUGGAGACGGAGAUGUUCCUCACGCAGGAAUAGGUCGUGCAAGGAGGAUGCAAGUUCCUAAUGUCAAUAUGCAGCAUAAUGUUAUGAUUGAAGCAGUGGAAAACCAUAUGCCCGAAACAAUCAUAAUAGAUGAAAUUGGAACAGAACUUGAAGCAUUGGCUGCCAGUACUAUUGCUCAAAGAGGAGUCCAACUAGUUGGAACAGCACAUGGAAUGACGAUAGACAACGUAAUGAAAAAUCCUUCUCUACAGAUCCUUGUCGGUGGCAUAGAGAGUGUGACACUUGGUGAUGAAGAAGCAAGAAGAAGGAAGGUACAGAAGACAAUUCUGGAAAGAAGGGGGCCUCCUACAUUUACAUGUGCUGUGGAGAUUAUAUCUAAAACAGAACUUCGUGUGCAUCACAGAUUAGAUGCAACUGUUGAUGCUAUACUGGCUGGAAAAUCUCCUUUGUUUGAAAUCCGUCAUGUUGAUGCAGAUGCUAGUGGCUCUCGCAAGUCUAUUUCAAUACCUGAAAAGAGCUAUCUACAAGUGUCUGAUUUUACUGCUAAAAAGAACAUUGAUGCCGCUGAUAUAGAGUCUGACAAGGAAGAUCUAGACCAUUCUCCUACACGGUCCAAAAAAUUGAGCAGCAAAAGAUCUGUGAAGAAGAGGAGUUUGCCGGUUUGUGUAUAUGCAUACAAGAUCCUUGAAGCCGAUCUUCUACAAGUAGCAAAGGUAAUGGGGCUUGAAGAUGAAAUAGAAGUAACUGAUGAUAUCGGAACAGCUGAUGUAAUAAUAGCAUCCAGUUAUGAAAUGAAACAGAGCCCAUGGAUCCGCAGUGUAACAAAGUUCCACGACUUGCCUGUAUUUGUCAUGAAGUCAAAUACCAUGGCACAAAUGGUCAAGGCAGUUCGGAUGAUUCUUGAAAUGGAAUCUGUUGGCUCUUUGCGAAAGCAGUUAGUCAAUAGUUCUUUCGACAUUGAAAUUGAAGAUGAUGCCCCGAAAAGAAAACCAUCUUUGGAAGAGAUUGAUGCAUUGGAGGAGGUUCGACUUGCGAUUGAGUACAUCGUGAUUCCUGGUGGAGAGCCAGUCGAGCUUCUCCCAAGACGCACUGAAAUAAUCGCCCGACAGCUUGAGCUAGUGGAAAGUUAUCAGCUGGCUGCCGAAAAUUCGGGCACCGAGAUGAAUCCGAGGUUGCAGAUUCUUCCGAUGAGAUUAAACAAAAAGAAAGCUUCAAAACCUGUUAAAUCCGGUUCAAGUUUUCUGGAGGUGAUUAACUCUAAAUCACCAACCGGCGGAGGGGGAGGAACCAGUGUUGCUAGGCUGCCUCUUAUAUCUGAAUAGAAAAGGAUGCAGAUUGCUGCCUCAACUGCAACAUUUUUCAAUCGCUGGUUGAUAGCCCACUUCAUUUCAUGUAUAGUCGUGUAAAUUAUGUAUGUCAAUUAAUGUAAUCAUUUCCCUGCCAAUUAAAAAAAAUUAAUGUAAUUAUUUCGAAUAAUGUGACAAGCUCUUUGGAGCUGUUUCUUCUUCAACGAAAUAAUUGUUGAAAA